UGGGGUCUCUAUAGUCCAGCAUCGAGUUCAGUACUGGAUAGGUAUGUAUUUCCUUUUUCAGGCCGAACGCAAGGCCGCACAAGCAAGUCAUGCGAGGCCAUCGAUGUCAAAAUCUCCCUCGUUCCUGGAUGAGCCUCUUCAAUCCAUCCGGUGAUCGACGACACACCGAUUCCGCGGGACCACCAGUAUGCCCGCUACUUCUGUGGAGCUAUGGACGCUGUAUGCGUUUGGGGUAGCUGUCACUCUCCUCCGGACCUAUGCAAGGGUGUCGGCUGUUGGCUAUCGUGAGCUUCGCGCUGAUGACUAUUUGAUCUGGCUCGCUUUGCUCCUCUACACGGCUCAGACGAUUCUCGGAUACAAUGUUGGGAUUGCCUCUCACGGUCUCGCGAACAAUGGCAUGACGGAUGCUCAAAGAAGUGCGCUCUCGCACGACGACCCGGAAUACGGAUGGAGAGUCAUCGGAUCCAAAAUCCAGUUGGCGGGUUGGACAACAGCACUCUGCUUGCUUUGGACGCUCAAGCUGUGCGUCGCGGUCUUCUACUAUCGGCUCACGAGCGGCCUGAGCACAUACCAGAAGCGCAUCAGCGUCGCGAUGGGUUUCAUUGCGACCACAUUUGUGGUAGUCGUAUUGACCAUUUUCCUGUCGUGUAGGCCACUCAACCACUACUGGCAGAUAUCGCCAAACCCUGGAAACUCUUGCCAACCAGCAAUAUCGAAGCCCAUCGUCUGGGUAACGUUCGUCACGAAUGUGUCCACAGAUAUCUUUUUGUUCAUGAUACCCGUCCCAAUGCUGUGGAAUUCGAGUUUACGGCUGUACAAGAAGGUAGCUGCCACCUUGGUGCUCUCUGCUGGCCUCUUGAUUAUCAUCUGUGCGACGCUGAAAAGCAUCUUUGUUAUCACUGACCCUAUCGAUGGUGGAGCACUGGCGGCCGAAUGGGGUACCAGGGAGACCUUCGUCGCGGUCCUGACCACGAACCUGCCAAUGAUCUUUCCCUUACUCAAGAUAUGGCUGCAACCAUUCCUGCCUAGCACAUUGCGCUCUAGUAGCAACAAGGCAUAUAAAACACCGGGUAGCGGGUUUGUAACCAUUGGCGGUGGAGGUGCUUCGAGCCAUGCCAACAAGAGUCCGUGGAGUGGAGCCCGGAUCUCAGCGAACAUAAACCUUGACAAUGAGAGCGAGGAACGCAUCAUCGAAGAAAACGACAUAAAGAUGCAGCACCUGCAUUCUCCGGCCGAGUCCCAGCGACCGCAGGGGGGAAUCAUCGUAUCCAAGCAUGUCUCGGUUACGACGGAAGCCUUCGGCAAGGAAGGCGCUCUCCGUCAAGUCUGAGUUGUACGUACCCAACCUACCUCUAAAUCGGAAAGGCGUAUGUUUCGCAGGAUGGGGUCGUAGAUACUCCUUCACCCUCGACUCGGGUGUCUAGCGCCAAAUUCAGCCAAUCGGCAAAGCAGGUACGAAGCUUUUGUGGCUAUGUUUGCAAGUGCGUGAAGCCGAACAUCACCUAAAAGACCCUGUUUGCUAGCAGACAUGGGUGCACAAACUACAGUGGACGUGUACAGGACCUGCCAGUCACUUAGAG